UUGACGUUACGGGGAGGUGCCUGGACAAGCAGAUAAACAAGCUGAAGAUCAAAACAAUAACGGAGAAGAGAAGAAAACAGAGACAGCAGGAUCCUGUUUGUGCGACCGAAGAACGAAGAUUAUUUCUGAAGCGAUCAGAGUGAAUUCCUGAAGAUGAUCGGAAAGAUUCUCUCCCAUCUACUGGGGAACGCCGAUGAGGAGCUGGAGGCAGCAGAGGACUCCUACAACCAGCUGCUGGAGUUCGAGGAGGGCGGAUGGGUGAUUGUAAACCUCCCUGAGGACGGACCUCUGUCAGGUCCUGAUGUGGAUCCUCUGGAGAACCUGCUGAUUGAGCAUCCCAGCAUGUCCGUUUACCAGAUGAGAUGCAGGAUGGGUGGAGCAGAGAAGGAGGAGCUCUCUGAGGAGGAGGAGGAGGAGGAGGAGGAGGAGGACGCCUCAAGGCCGGCGGUGGUCAGGCGCCACGUGUCCUGGCGUCUCGCCGCCUGGGGGAUCCCCCUGCCGUGCCACGUCCAGCUGCUGGCCGUGCAGAGGUCCAGGAGCCAGGCCGAGCGCAGGAAGCUGAGCCGCGGCGUCCUCCACCGGCAGAACCUGGCCAAGGCGCGGCUGUCCCCGGGAGACCGGCGCUACGGCCACUUCAAGCAGCCCAGCCCGCGAUUCUACAACUACUGAGCAGCACCGUGCCACACACCGCUAACUCACCUCACACGGCUCCCUGAGGAGAACCACGGUUUGAAUCCAUCCAUCAAACUCCUGACCACGAGGGACACACUCACCCCCAAAACAUGUUGAUAUUGUAAACUAUUGAACAGAAGCGUGUGGUUGGUUGACUUGUGUGGAUUGAUAAAGCUCUGAUUAGAAGCAGGACUCAGACGAAGUGCUGUGAAGUUAUUUUAUAGGUGUCCUUACUGUGUAUGCGUGCGAUACUGUGGCAGAUCUGUAAAGGUUGAACCCCGCAGACGUCUGAUCGGGACACAUGGUGCCGGCUGCUGGCUGGCUUGAUAACCACAUGUGGCUUCGCUUUACUCGCUCUUCUGCCAAGUGAACUUCUCAUGAACCUCACCAACCCAGCAGCAUUCAGACAGACGGAUGCUGCGUGAACGGGUUGCCUCUGUGUCAGUCUGCUUAAAGAAGAAUUACUUUUGUUUUUUAAAGUGUUUUUUUUAGGAGGGGUUACUGAAAAUAUUGUAAUUUAAUUCUGUUUUUCUAUUUGUAAAAUGUAUAAAAAAAAUAAAUUGAUUUUUUUUA